CAUUUCCCUUACACCAAAACCACUCUACAAGCCAAUCAACCCUUCACACUCUGCUUCUUCUUCUUCCUUAAAUCAAUUUCGACAUCAUGGGUGUGAUCAGUUAUGAUAUGGAGGUUACCUCCUCAAUCCCUGCUGCCAAGAUGUUCAAGGCCUUUGUCCUUGAUGCCGACAACCUCAUCCCCAAGAUCUUGCCACAAGCAAUUAAGAGUGUUGAAAUCAUCCAAGGAGAUGGUGGAGUUGGAACUGUCAAGGUCAUCUCUUUUGGCGAAGGCAGCCAAUUCAAGAGCGUCAAACACCAAGUUGAUGGGCUUGACAAAGGCAACUUUGCCUAUAGUUAUAGCAUCAUUGAAGGUGAUGCUUUGAUGGGUGUGCUUCAAAAGAUCUCUUACGAGAUCAAGAUCGAAGCUUCCUCUGAUGGAGGAUCUGUAUGCAAGAACAGUAGCAAAUACCAUACCAAAGGCGAUGUUGGGAUCACAGAGGACCAAAUCAAGGGUGGCAAAGAAAAAGCUUUGGGAAUGUUCAAGGCUGUUGAGGCCUACCUCUUGGCAAAUCCUGAUGCCUACAACUAGAUACAACUUAAUCCGUGUACUGAAAUAUAUGGUUUCAUGGCUGUGUGCUUGUAUUACUAUUUAUAGGUGUGGCUUUCAAUUCUUUUUCUCGAUGGCUGGCUUACUUUGCCUUCGACUUUUUAAUAAGGGGAAAAAAUUCCAUUGAGAUUGUUAUUAUCAAGUUAUUUGUACUCUUUUAUAUGAUUGAAGAGUUAUAUCAUGUCUUACAAUUUUAAUUAUAAUUCGAAACUAGCUCUCUUGGUAAACUAA